AUGUUUUCACGAGCGAUGCGACAUGCGGUACUUCAAGCGACCGCUCUCUUCAUCCUCUCGAAGCUAUUCAGCCACUAUAAGAGUGACGGCAUGUUCGAUGCAGUUGUGCAGAACGAAGGAUGGCAGAACAUGAGGAACGCACUGGAAGCUGAGACAAAUCGAACGACUGCGCAGCCAACACUGGGUGCUGGAAACGCUACCGACAAAUCUGCGCCACACUACCAGAUUAACGAGACCUCAGGAUGGACCGCAAGCAAAGGUACUAUCAGCCCAAUAGAAUAUCCACCAGAAGAAUCAUUCUAUUGGCGAAGAUUCCCCAGAGAUAUUGUUGUUUAUAUGAUCCUGGCGGCGAUGCAAUAUUGGUGGUAUAUUGCGCUAGAAAAGAUGCUGCCUGCGCGACCGCGGUACAAAGACGUAGUACCAUCAGCGAAGUUCGAAGAAAGCGAAGAUCGGGAGGAAGAAGUGGUCAAGAAGUGGAUCGCGCAGGGCCGAGUGAAUCGAGCGUCCUUGAACUGGGGCAAUACCUUUCUCAAAUGGACACUCGACAUGACCAUUGGGAGACUAGUCACCUAUAGCGUUGCUGGCGACUUCCUUUCGCCACUGCCUUUGGUAGAUCUCAUUGCAUUUGUCACCAUUCCCACGCAUCAUAGAAUUGUGUUCAUGGCUGGCGUAGAUUUGAUCACGAAUAUUUUCUUCUUUACUAUUGUUCGUGUCUUCGCGGCCUGGGCGGUGAAGACGGACUACGCGCAGAUGGUGAUGCGCAACAUGACAGAGAAUGCCGUGAACUCUCGUCUCAAGGAGGAAAAGCUGCGAAGACUCGGCGAUGAACUGUAG